AUGUCAUUCUAAGAUUUUAAAAGAGAUUAUUUGUUUAAGGAUCUCACAGAGAUAACUUACAGAGAUAAAUACGCUUUAAAGUGUAAUUUAAGUGAAGAUAAAAGCUAAAAAUAGCUAGAAGAUUUAGAUAAUAAUUAAUAUUACCAACAAAACCUGCUAUCAUAAUCACAAAAUGAGUCUAACUCACAUCUCUUUAACUAAUCAUAGUAAUAAGAAGAAGAAGAAGAACACAUAUAAAAUAAUAAAUUAUUAGAGAAAUUUGAAUAGAUUUCUAAAAAUAAUAUAUGCAAGAACAUAACUAAAGCUUUUUUUGCUUAUCUUCUAGACAAGAAAAAUGAUUUACUUACAGACUUUAUAAUGAAAGGAGCUUCUCAAAGCAAUGCUCGUAAACUAGCUAAAAAUUUUUCUUUAUCCUUCAAUCAUAACAACAAAGACCUACAAAAAUUAAUACAUCAUCCUAAAUAUGGAAAGGCGUUAGAAUUUUAUCUUACUUUCGAAGCAUAAAACUGGUUAAAAAAUAGUAAAGUAUAAUAAAUGGAAGAGCAUCUUAUCUAUAUUAGCUUUUUAAAAUUAUGUUGCUGUAAGACUAACUAUUCUAAUUACUUAGUUUCAUAUAAAAAAAGCAAAAAAUAUUUCUAAAGUAGUUGA